AUGGGAUCUCAAAGUAGUAAAUUAGUUACAGAAACAUAGAGGCACGAACACGCCAUUAACUAUAUGAACUCUGGAGGAUCAAUGAGCGACAAAUCAGCUAAAAGUAUCAAGGAUAUUGAAUAAACAUAACAAGAAUUUGUUAAUACUUAAUUUAAAUGGAAUUUUGGUGGACAGAAGGUAUUUGUGGCAGGCACAUUCUCCUAAUGGAAGACAACUCACUAAUUAUAAAGAGAUAAAGGAGGAGAAUUUAGCAUAGUGAUACCUUUACCAAAAGGAAUCCAUCAUUAUAAGUUUAUUGUAGAUGGAGAUUGGCGAUUCUCACCAGAUGAUCCUACAACUGCUGAUGAGCACGGAAUAUUAAUAAUGUGA